AUGCACUAUUCCACUUCCAAAAAGCCCAUUUGGCUGCUCUUCAAAGUAGUGGAGCUUAUAAUGAGCAUCGCAUGCUCCUACACGCACAUCCAAUGCUUUGAUCGAGAAAGUUUUCCACAUAUUUUUCUAUUAUGCGGCACUUUCGGCGGCUCCACAAUCGCAUGCUCGUUAGCCAUUGUGGGCCUGAUACUGGCAGAACGGCCCACACUUCGCCUGGAGGCGAUGAUAAGUGGACUGUAUGGUGUGCUGCAUUUAAUCACCGUCUACGUGAGCAUGUACGUGGCGGAGAAGGAUAAACAUUUAUGUUUCCUACUUAGCCUAGAGGAGAAACAGCAUCAGUAUUUUGUGUGCUGUCGCCGAACUGCAAUACUGGCUCUCUACACAGCUGCGAUUUAUAUUAUGCACUGUACACUGGCCGUAGAUCUAAAACUUUCCCAUGUGAUGGUGACUGUGGUCGACGGCAAUGUUGUUCACUUGCAGCUCCGUAAACAUAAACAGCGCAGCAAACGACCGCUGAAAUUGUACUUUAUUAGCAUGGGUGCGGAUCAUUAUUUAAAUAAGUUUGCCUGCUAUCGAUCCAUCUCCUCUAAUAUAAUUGAAGAUAAACAAAGGCGCGGAUCAAAAGUAUCCGGAACUCUCACUGUUUAUAUGAGCGAGUCGAGUGAGCCGGAGGAAGACUGA